CUCCUCCCUCUCUCUCUCUCUCUCCUCUCUCCUCCCUUUCCGCGUUUCGAGUAUUUAAUCGCAAGCACCAUGACUUUGACAACGCUCGCAAAAGGGAGGACGCAGUUUUUGUCGAGGUUCAUCCACACAGCCGCCGUCUCAAACAUGCCCAUCAAGGUUGGUGAGAAGCUCCCCUCAGUGGAGGUGUACGAGGGGGACCCCGGUACCAAGCUCUCCAUGGCUGACCUGUUCAAGGGGAAGAAGGGGAUCCUGUUCGCAGUGCCUGGAGCCUUCACCCCGGGCUGCUCCAAGACUCACCUGCCCGGGUUUGUGAGUCAGGCUGCAGAGAUGAAAGCGAAGGGGAUUCAGGAAAUCGCCUGCAUCUCCAUCAACGAUGUGUUCGUCAUGUCAGCCUGGGGGAAGGAGCACGGUGCGGAGGGGAAGGUGAGAAUGCUGGCCGACCCCACAGGAGCUUUCACUCAGGCUGUGGAUCUCGUGCUAGAUAACGAUCACCUCCUGGAAGUUUUGGGGAACAAGAGAUCUCAGAGGUAUGCCAUGCUCAUUCAGGACGGGGUUGUGAAGAAGCUCAACGUGGAGCCUGAUGGCCACGGCCUCACCUGUAGCCUGUCCAGCAGCAUGCUGUCACUGGUCUAGACUGGGAGACCAGCACGCAGACUGACCCCCAGACACACGCACGCACACACACACACAGACUGACUGACUCCCAGGCACGCACACACACACACACACACACACAGACUGACUCCCAGGCACGCACACACACACACACACACACACACACACACACAGACUGACUCCCAGACACACACACAAGCAAGCAGACAGACACUCGCUCACUGGAGCUCCCUGGGUGUUUUCUGUAGCUGCUGCUUCUUCAUGAAUACAGGCUGUGGAGUUGUCAUGGUUGCUGCAGUUUUAAAAUAAAAUCAUCUUCAGUGAGAACUGGAAACCUAAAAACAAAA